AUGGGGGUGUCACCCUUCUCUUAUCACUAUCAUUCUUCCCUUCUUAGCCGAUAUGCUUCUCCUGAUCUGUUCGAUUUGGAUUCUCGCCAGUUCCGCAUGUAAGUCUUCUUCUUCCUAUGCUCGCACUUGAAUAUUAUUCAGUUGCACGUCCGUCCGAAACCACAACGAAAGCCUCAUGAAGAUGGUGGACAAUGAAUGGAUGGACAAGUUCAUUCCCCGCGAGUACAAAAGAGUCCACACGUUGUCGGGAUCCGGAGAGCAAGAUGUGACCAAGAACAACAAUUUCGGCUUCAGCGAGCAAGGAAUGAAGGAUCUGGACGAGGUGAGCACCUCACACUUCAGUGAUUGGGUGUCAAUUACACCAUAUGUUUUGGGUGGGGGACGAAUGAUAUGGGAUGAACAUACGGUGUCAGUCUGCCAAACUACCUGAUAAUUGCAUGUUUUGCACGAACUUGACCGGAGAACAUCCAGGAAGUUUGAGCAUAUUUUUCUCGAAAUAUUAGCGGAUUCUCUGUUGUUUGCCAACCAAUCAAAACCGUCGAAAACAUCUACUUCAUUCGCAGGUCGGCGGCCUCGUCGGAGGAGGAGAUUCCGACCUUCUCGGCAUCCUCCGUCCCUACUAUUCGAUGGUCGAGAUGACCGCCAACGGAAACAAGCAAGUGAGUUGUUGGCAAAGAACACUUGAAGAGGAGACGAAUGAACUUUGUAUUUUCCAGGGAAUGGGACAGUAUUUGCACGUGCUGCCCGACUCAUCAGAAGGCGACACUCCGCUCUACUCGGUCGGCGGAUCCAUGUACGGAGGAGUGGAACCGGCCGGAGCCAAGUUGGGUUACAUGAACAGACCGUUCGGAAAGCGAUAG